AUGACUAUCGGAGAUUCAAGUCAGCAAUCGGUCCAAUUGGACACUCCGGUGAAGGAGUAUGCUCCCAUCGGAAUCUCCAAUACUGCAUUCAGUAAAUUCGCCGCUGCAUGUGGCCCUCUCGCUAUUCUUUUCUUUUUCCUCGGCCUUCCAGGCGCAGGUUGGCUACCUCCCAUGUCUCCAUCUCUCUCACCUGAGCAGGUAGUCAGACAUUAUGAGAAGCACGAGACGGGUAUUAGGGGCGGGGCAGGUCUGAUGACAUUCGUGGGCUUCUUCUUCCCCAUGUACACAUCCGCCAUCUCGGGUCAACUGUCCCGUAUUCCUGGAGUCCCAAAGACGGUCUUACAUGCACAGCUUCUCGGGGGAUGUCUGGGAGGCUUAUUACUCUUCCUUCCGGCAUACUUUUUCGCAGCAACUGCGUAUCGAUUGGACCGACCCCCAGAGUUGACGCAAAUGUUGAAUGAUCUGAGCUGGAUUCUGUUUGCCAUGCCAUUCGCAAGCCUCCUUGUGCAAGACUUUUCAUUCUCGUACGCGAUUCUGCUCGACCGAAGACCGCGACCUCUAUUUCCACGGUGGCUGUCGGUCGUCACCACUGGCCUCACUCUUACAUUUUGGCCCGCACUUGGCGUACACUGUGUCAAGAGCGGCGCUGUGGCUUGGAACGGUGCUUUGGGGUUCUGGACGGCUGGAAUUGGUGGAGGUCUUCAAGUCAUUCUUGUUUCUAUUUUCGUCUGGAGGGCAAUUGAUAGAACAGAUCUGCCCGCAGAUGGGGCAUAA